AUGGACAUUCUCGGGUCUGGUGACAUCGAGGCCGCGACGAAGAACAGCCUCUUGUCGUUGGGUGGCAACGGCGGCGGCGGCGGCUCGAGCAGCGCAGGCACUGUCGACGUCACGAACAAAGGCGAGGGCGGCGGUGCCGACGGUACGAGGCGGCCGGUGAUCGCGAGCGGGGCGGGGAGGACCAAGGCGGGUUCCGAAUCCACCCUGGAAACAUGGCAGCUUGAGUUAAUCGAGAGAGUGAAGGUGGCCAUGGAUGAUCCGUCGUUUUCGUGUAGUCAACGCGUUAAAUUUGAGGAAAUUUGCGAAGGUGCCGCCGAACCCAUGGGCAUGGCCGGGGCAACACCUGAAGAUGUUCUUAAGGUUGCCUGCAGCAAGUACACCCUAGGGCGAACGCUUGCACUAGACGCGAUGCGCGAGAGGGAGCUCAGCCUCUCGCAGCUGCAAAAAAGCGGUGUGGAACGGCUGAACCUCGGUAGUCCCUUCAAGGAAAAGACAAACUACGCCACCGUAUACGUGUUUUCGGACCGGGCGGCAGCGAACCGAAUGGUGGACAUGUGGGCAAACGUCAUCGGCAUUGGGGCCCAGCUGUGUGGUGCUUACCGGAAAAAGAUCAACGAACACGACUUCGGAGAUCGUCGUUUCCUGAGGUUGAUGAUUUCUGGCGAGGGUGGGUGGCAAUCAGCUGCAAAGUACGGCACGGGUCUGAUCAAUCCACCGACCGAGGAGAGAGCAAAAAAGCCUCGCCAGAAGUACGGAAGAGUAGCAAACGACGGACCCGCCUGGUUGGUACCGGCAGGGCUGGUCUUGGCGGGUGGUGGGGCACUGAAGACAGUCACAUGGGAGACGUAA